GUGUGGAUCAAGAGAGAGAGAGAGAGAGAGAGAGAGAGAGAGAGAGAGAGCGAGCGAAAGAGAGAGAUAUACGACGGUAAAAGCGAUCGGGCGCGCUGCUUUUUGGACGAGUUUUGGACGCAGAAGCUGCUCGACUGCAAAGACUCUUUAAUGAAAGCAUAAGAGAAGAGAAACUUACUUUGUGUCACCCCUCCUGUCCAGUAAAUUGAUCGUAAUAUUAAGAUCAUUUCGGGAUAUGUUUUUUGUCUAAGCGUCUUCCAAUCUGGACAAGUUCAUCGGGACUUUGACGCGCACGUCUCCCCGACUUCCUCAUGCAGGACAUGGGUGCAUCUGACACCAAACAGCGAUAGGACGGAGGGAGGUCCGGAGCUGCUGCUGUCCUCUCUUCAACCAGUCUUCUGCAGAGUGGACCCACUUUUUUUUUUUUUUUUUUUGGGCCUGGAGCGGCCUUGUUUAAAGGUCCGUUUUUUGUUUUGCUUCCGGCAACAGUGAAGAGAGAAGAAGUCGUCGUCCCUCAGCUCUCUCUCCCUCACUUUUUUUUUUUUUUUUUUUUUGGCCGUGAAAUUUUAAAGGAAAAUGGGGCAUUGAGAGGGUUGGCAGAACUCCCCGCGCUAUAAUGGCUACUGACACUUACCUGGUGAACGACGAUCCUACUAGAGGCCCCGGGAUGCCCGAAUGUUUCCUCGUGUCGGACACAUACAGGGAUGAAUUCCACCCCUUCAUCGAGGCCCUUCUGCCCCACGUCCGCGCCUUCGCCUACACCUGGUUCAACCUGCAGGCCCGCAAGCGCAAGUACUUCAAGAAGCACGAGAAGCGCAUGUCCAAGGAGGAAGAGCGUGCGGUGAAAGAUGAGCUACUCGGGGAGAAGCCAGAGAUUAAGCAGAAGUGGGCCUCGCGCCUGCUGGCCAAGCUCCGCAAGGACAUCCGGCCCGAGUUCCGCGAGGACUUUGUGCUCACCAUCACAGGCAAAAAGCCCCCGUGCUGCGUGCUGUCCAACCCUGACCAGAAGGGCAAGAUCCGUCGCAUCGACUGCCUGCGCCAGGCCGACAAGGUGUGGCGGCUGGACCUGGUGAUGGUCAUCCUGUUCAAGGGCAGUCCCCUAGAGAGCACGGACGGAGAGCGGCUCGUCAAGUCCCCACAGUGCACCAACCCUGGCCUGUGUGUCCAGCCACACCACAUCGGAGUGUCUGUCAAGGAGCUGGACCUUUACCUUGCCUACUUUGUCCACACGCCAGAAUCUGGACAAUCAGACAGCUCCAGCCAACAGGGAGACACAGACAUCAAACCACCACCCAAUGGACACCUGAGUUUCCAGGACUGCUUCGUCACCUCAGGAGUGUGGAAUGUGGCAGAGCUAGUCAGAGUGUCACAGACUCCUGUAGCCACGGCGUCAGGGCCCAACUUCUCACUGGCUGAGCUGGACAGCAGCCCCAGCUACUACAACAUUAACCAGGUGGCUCUGGGUCGGCGCUCACUCACCUCCCCUCCUUCCACCAGGUCUGAGGUGGAGUUGUACGCAAAUCUUCCACGGAGCUCCACCAAGAGGAAGUCCUUAGAUGACAGUGAGUUGGAGAGCCCAACGGAUGAUGUUUUUUAUCCUGGACGUUCACCUGCUGCCAGCUCUUCCCAGUCCAGUGCGUGGCCUAAUGACAUGGAUGCAGUGCAGCACCAUUUGGCGAGUGUGCAGGAGAGGAAGAUAAAACAUGAAAACGAUGGCGUGCAGUUUCCUUACCAUGGACUGUCCUCGCCUGGUUCACUUAAGAAGCCGGGGAAGUUUGAUUUCAACGCCCUGACUUCCCAGACGAGGUCCCCCCGCAUGGCGUUCACACACCACCCGCUGCCUGUGCUGGCAGGAGUGAGACCAGGGAGCCCUCGUGCCUCAGCUUCAGCCCUGCACUUCCCUUCCUCCUCUAUCAUCCAGCAGUCCAGCCCAUACUUCACCCAUCCUACCAUACGCUACCAUCACCAGGACCCACUUAAGGAUUUUGUGCAGUUUGUGUGCACAGAUGGCACAGGACAGCCCAGUGCACAGCCAAAUGGAGGUGGCCAGAGCAAAAUGCCGGGCUCCUUCCUGCUGCCCCCGCCACCCCCGGUGGCGCGCCCUGUGCCCCUCCCUAUGCCCGACUCUAAAACCAUCAGCACGCCCACUGACGGUGGACUCAGCUCACCCGCAUCGCCGUCAUACUCCACGCCAGGCUCCACAGCUCCCAACCGGUUUGUCGGCAUCGGAACACGGGACAACUUUCUGAAUAUCCCCCAGCAGACUCAGUCCUGGUUCCUCUGACAAGGCCUCUCUGAAGCAACAGCUAAACGUGUGUCAUGAAAAUUGGAAAUCUGAAAAACAAAAACGCAUCACCGCUGAUAAAGAACAAACUGCUGACACUAAAAAGGUCUUUCUCGCCAAACACUAUUGAAAGUACUACUACAGAAAAAGGAAAAACCCCACAGCGCCCCAAGAGGACUCCCACUCCAACACGAUUCGAAUAGGACUGUUUGUCCCCUUUUCAUGGAGGAGGCUCCAAUGAGAUUGAACGGACAGACUCAGAAUGCAGGGAAGAGGAAGAGGAGGAACUGUCUCACAAACACUUUGAAAUGGCAGAAAGGAAACACAAUGUAAAAACCUGACAAAUGACCAAUUUAACAUUUGUUUAUCUUUCUUUUAUAUACAUAUAUUAUAUAUUUCUUUUACAUUUUGUUGUCUCCACAAUGAAACUCCAUGCAUUGGCUGGGAGAUCCAAAAAAAAAAAAAAAAAAAAAAAAA